ACCCUCCUGGAACUUGGGCCAUUUGACUGCUACCCAGAACCCUGAGCAGAGGGACCCAGGAGGACUCCGCACAGUAACAGGAUGGGGGCACGGCCCUCCAGCCCCUUGGACAAACGGCAGCAGCAGCAGCUGAGGGGUCAGGUGGAUGGCUUGCUGAGGGCCUUCUUGCCAUGUUACCGCAGGCAGCUAGCAGCAGCCGUCCUGAGGCAGAUCUCCAGGGAGCUGGGACCCCAGGAGCCAGCAGGAUGCCAGCUGUCCCACACCAAAAAGCUGCCUCGAGUCCGGGAGCAUGGAGGGCCCUUGACGCUGCUGUGGGGCCACCCACCACAGUGGCAACCCAUCUUCUGUGUUCUGCGUGGUGAUGGACAUCUGGAAUGGUUCAGCCAAAAGGAUGAGUAUGAAUCUGGGGGCCGUCCCCUGGGCUCCACAGCCCUGACCGGGUACAUGCUACUCACUUCCCAGCGUGAAUAUCUCUGCCUUUUGGAUGACCUCUGCCCAAGCUCCUCUGGAGAUCUCGCCCAGGAGGAGCCACUGAGAGUGCUGGAGGAGCCUGUGAGCUUUGCGCUCUUCCUUGUGCACCCGUUCCGGGCUCACCUCUGCUUCUGCGCCCGCACACGGGGGGUGCAGCGAGCCUGGAGGCUCAACCUGCAGGGUGCCAUCCGGCUGAGAGACACCGUCCUACAGCGCAGCCGGGCGCCCGCGGCCUGCGCCUUCCUGGAUGCUGUGCAGCUCUAUAGACGACGACGGGGCUUCGCCGGUGGCGAGGAUGCGACGCUGGGCUCCGACGCAGAGGUGCUGAGCGCUGAGCUGAUGCGGGAGCUGUUGCCCGGGCUGCGCUCACAAGCGCUGCGGGGUCUGCGCGGUUCAGGGCGCGCCCGGGCCCGGGCCUGCGCAGAGUUCCUCGACGCUGUGUACGCGGCCGUCCUGGUCCGGGCAUCUGCAGGUCUGCGAGCCUUCCAGCCAGAAAAGGACGCGCUGCUGGCGGCUCUAGAGAGGACGGUACGCGCAGAGCUCGAGCAGAUCCUACAGCAGCGCGCACAAAGGGCGCGGAGACUGAAAAUGGAGAUCAGGGACGCCCUCGAGGCAUGCCUGUGCUGCAUGGUGGACCAGCAACUGCCCCAGCUUACCCUCACGCUGCUGAGCCCUGUGGAAGCCACGCUCCAAGCUGUUCAGACCCUCCUCAUUCGGGGCAUAGACCGGCUGUCUCACCAGCUGCACAAGAAUCCUUCAGGCACUAGGCUGCGCAGGGAGGUUUAUGAAUUCGGGGAGAUACCUUGGGAUCCAGAACUGAUGCAGGUCUGCUAUCGGGAGGCAGAGAGGAACCGCAGCCACCUGGCCCAUCUGGCAGAACCAUUUGGCUUCCUGGGGAUGCAGAGCCUGGUGUUUGGGGCCCAAGACCUUGCACAACAGCUCAUGGCAGAUGCCGUCACCACCUUCCUGCAGCUGGCGGACCAGUGUCUGACGUCAACUCUGGACUGCAGCCAAGCAGCUGAGCAGCUAGAGAAAGUCAGGGGCCUUGUGCUGAAGAAGUUCACCUCAGACAGUGAGGCCACUCGAUGGAGGUUCACCCGGGCCUGGCUAUUGGGCAUAUUCUGGCCCUUUGUGUGGAGCCAACUUGAAGUGAGCUGUAAUUUGGAACAGCCUGAGGUGGAUGGGGAUACCCUGGCCAUGGACUGUCAGGUUCUGACCACUGAGGGUGUCUACAGGGACGUCAUCCAGGGCUCCCUUCUGCAGAGAAUUGAUGGAGAGUUGAAAAGGAUUCUUGGUGCCAGUAACAGAGCCUGCACUCCGGCAGACUGUUCAGUAGCCCGGUGGAACCAAGGAGUAGAUGAGGGAGCUGAGGCUCAGGUCUGAGAUGGAGAGGUCUACUCAGGUGCCAAGAACACCCCAGCUGUCUUUGCCCACACCCAUUCUGGGGACAAUGGAUGAAGACCCAAGUAUGUGAGCUGCUUCUGGAUUUUUAAUUGCUGCAAUUCAACAAAGCAUCAUAGAUUCUGUGUUCCUGCUAGAAUUUGUACACUCAAGUUCUGGGCUACCAUAAUAAGACAUUGUAAAGAAACAAACAAACAAAAAAACAAAAACAAAAAAAAAAAAACAAGCCCCCAAAUCUCUCUUGAUUUGACACAUGUAAUCCCAUUAAUUUAAUUUUUUUAACUUUUUUACUUUAAAAAGCCAUACAAUUAAAAAAUUUCUUUUAAAAUUUAUUUGUGUAUGUGGGGGGGGGCAUGUGGCCAUCAGAGGACAACUUUUAAUCUUGCUAAAUGUUAAUGGACUAAAUAUUGUUAACUGUGAUUCUUGAUAACUGUUGUGUUAUAUAUUUUGCUAUGUUAAGGUUAAAACCCUUUUUUUUUUUAUUUAGACAGAAAAGAGAAUAUGAUGGGAGAUGUCAUUCUGUAAAUAUGUUUCUCAUACUGGUUAAAGAAUAAAGCUCUGUUGGCCAAUAGGAAAGCAAGAUAGGCGGGACUAGGAGAUGAGGAGGAAAGAGAAAGGAGGAGUCAAGAUAAAAGAGAGAGUAGAACACUGGCGGCCUUUCUCUCCAGUAAGAUAAGACCGUGUGAAAAUUAAUAGAAAUGGGUUAAUACUUAAGACAGAGCUAGCUGAUAAGAAACAAGUAACUGGCCAACAA